GUUAAAUCGAAAUAGGUAGAGUAUAAAUCGUCAGUCUGUCACUGGCAAACGAAUAAAUUAUUUACCUUAGUAUUAAUUUGAAAAAGAUAUCGAAAAAUUCAUUCUGCAAUGGUUGAUCGUGGAAAUAAUUUGGUACUUCCAGUGGGUCCAUGUUCAACGGAACUCACGGAAUCUCAAGCCAGCUUUGCUCCACCCAAAAUUAAGAAAGUGCUGCCCACUCGGGCGAAUCGCAGGGAACAGUUUCUAUGGCAAGAACUCUUUGCCGAAUACAACCGACAGGCCUCCGCGCAAGUGGAUUUGGGUGAGGAUCGCACGGAGUACUAUGACCAAUUCUGCAGGGACGUGCCACCCAAAAACGAAGAGACUGAGGAAGUUCUGGUGAACAAGUAUCCGCUUUACUGCACCACUGCCGUCACAGUGUGGAAUCACGAAGGAGAUUUCACCAAGACCUUUAAAAGAAAAUAUUCUAUAACCAGACCUAUUGAUCAGUGUACUGAAAAAUUUGCACUUUAGAAUAGUUAUCAUUAAAAUUUUAUUUAAAAUGGUUUGAAAAAAGAAUAGUACCCACAAUAAAUGAUUUGCUUUGUUCUUUCA